ACACUGCUGAAUUCAUUUUGGCCAGAAGAGCUACAGCGAGUAAAGUGCGCCCUUACUUUAACCAAUCACAUCUUAAAACGUGAGUGUGUGGGCGUGGCUUGUAUGAAGAACGAGGCGUGGAACUCAUAACACGCUGACACGCACAGGAGUGAAUGAGAGAAGACUUCCUCAUGUACGGAGCUCUGCACUUCCAGAUGAACGAUACUGAAGAAUUUUAGCUUGAUUUACCCAUGUGAAGAUCCCACAAUAAUGGGUCGAGCAGCAGUGGCAAGCGGCAAGAUACAGAAGCAGGAAGAUCAAUCACUCAGUAGAAAAGGUGCAGCAAAUGCCCCACAACAAAUCUCUCAGUAUCACUGUUUUAUAACUGAGGAAACAAAGAUACUCAGGGAAAAUCUGCUUGUGUGGUAUGACCAGAACAAGAGAGAGCUGCCCUGGCGGACACUGGCUUGUUCUGAAUCGGACUUGGACCGUAGAGCAUAUGGAGUUUGGGUGUCGGAGAUUAUGCUACAGCAGACACAGGUUGCCACCGUGAUAGAUUACUACAACAGCUGGAUGAAGACGUGGCCAACUCUGCAGGACCUUGCCCGGGCAUCUCUGGAGGAGGUGAAUGAGAAGUGGUCUGGGCUGGGAUACUAUUCCCGGGGAAGGCGACUGUAUGAAGGAGCUCAGAAGGUGAUAUCAGAACUGAAAGGCCAGAUGCCUCGGAGUGCGGAGCUGUUGCAGAAGCUUCUGCCGGGGGUGGGUAAAUACACAGCAGGCGCCGUGGCAUCUAUUUGCUUUGGGCAGGUAACGGGUGUUGUGGAUGGGAACGUUAUCAGGGUUUUGUGUAGACUGAGAUGUAUCGGAGCAGACUCCAGCACACCUGCUGUCAUGGACAGGCUUUGGGAUCUGGCAAAUACUAUUGUGGAUCCUGACAGGCCAGGAGACUUCAACCAAGCUAUGAUGGAGCUGGGUGCCACCGUGUGCACCCCUAAAAAGCCCCUGUGCACAAAGUGCCCGCUGCAGAGCCAAUGCUGGGCCUUUAAAAAGGUAGCUAAGGAAUUGACUUCAGCUACUGAUAAACUUGUACAGAGAAGAAGCAAACACAAGGCUGAAACGAUCCGAGAUAUAGAGGAGUGUGAUCUAGUCUCUGGGUCAUGUGCUCUGUGCUUGCCCACUUCUGAAACAUGGGAUAGCACCCUUGGUGUGGCCAACUUCCCUCGCAAAUCUGCAAAGAAGCCCUCAAGAGUGGAACAAACCGUGACCUGUGUGUGGGAGAGACCUGGAGAGCAGGAAGAGGCGCAAUACAUGAUCGUCCGGAGACCCAGCACAGGCCUGCUAGCAGGUAUGUGGGAAUUUCCCAGCAUGCUUUUGGAAAAGGAACUCGCUGCAAAGGAUGGCGCGUCCACCGUCUGUCAGCGGCUGCAAGAUUUGACGGGCCAGACAGUACAAUUAAAAGAGCUGCAGUACACAGGCGAGGUGGUUCAUGUUUUCUCUCACAUCCACCAGACAUAUCUCGUCUACUUUCUCAGUCGGAGUCAAGCCGAGAGUAUCUGUGUUAAAGAGGAGGGAGCAGAGCGCCCAGAGAUCCGCUGGGUCACCAAAAAACAAUUUCUGGACUCUGCCGUGCCCACAGCCAUGAAAAAGAUACUGAAAUUGUGUGAGAGUAAAACCUUCAGGAAAAGUGACAUUAAAAUGUCUAGGAAACGAAAAUCAGACUCCGCUGCUGUUCAGUCACCAGUGGGGAAAUUAAAAGCAGAGCCUGGGAAGCAGAGGACAAUACAGAGUUUCUUCAAGUCAGUCCCCAGCAAGUGACUUAUUAUUUAGCUUGUCACCGUGCGCAGAUAUGCACUGGCCGUACGUAGUUAUACGCUCUAUACAUCCCAACUAGGAGCCACUGUGAUCUCUCUGGCAUCAGAUCAUCAUUCUGGACACUAAAACAUCUCUGUGUGACACAGUCCAAAAAUACAGCAAUAAUAGGUGACAAACACAAUGGCAAUUACAAUAAAUGUUAACUGAUUAAAUGGACAUUCUAAUCUAAACUGAAAUGAGUGUGUUCAGACUGUUACUAUAAGCAUUUUUGCAGUACACAUCACAGUGAUUUCUUUUACUGUGCACGUUCAAGAGUAGCUUACAUAUAUGCUUCAUGCACCUGCAUUCAAACACUGCAUUGUUUCCAUCAAUGCAUCACUGCCUGGUCUGUGAGCAGGUGUGAAUGCCGAUGCACAGGACUUACAGACAUAUGCCUUGUGCACAGUGAUAGCUUUUACAAGAAGCACUUUUGCAAAAAAUGCUCCUAAUCAGAAUUGUAAAGCACGUUUGUAUUUCAGUUUUCAUUCAAUUGUUAUUUCGGUCUAUAUCUUUUUUUAUGGUGUCAUUUUUAAUAUGAAAGUACAUUCAUUUUUUAUAUAUAUAUAUGAAUAUUUAUAUAGAUACAAAAUAACCUUUGUCUAAAAUGUGUUUUCAAGCAAAUCUUAUCGAACUUUCAAAAAGUUUUUGAAAAUUUAGCAAAAUGAUGUUUUUUAAAAUGAAAAAAAUAAAACGUAAUCAAACACGUUUACAUAAUAAUGAAAGUUCAUUUAGAAUAGCACAUGUUCUGUUCUGGCAGCUUUUAGCGCAAUAUUAAGAUUUAUUUUACUACAUUUUUUCUAAUCUAAUGUUUGUAUUUUUGUACAUCAAUAAAGUCUGAUUUUCUAUAA